AUGGCCCUGCUUCAUCACAGAUCAUCGGAAUGCACCAAAUCAGAAUUAGAUUUGUUUGCUCCGCCUUUCACUCAGCUGUCGGUGGAAGACACGACCUACGUGGAAGUGUCCCCCAUAGCAGCACUCACCGAAAACGGUCCCGUGGAAUUCUUCAUUCCUGGGGACGGUGAACGUUACCUGGAUUUGUCGAGCGUGCAUCUUUACCUGCGUCUGAAAAUCACUAAAGGAGACGGUUCUGAUCUUGCUGACAAUGACGCCGUUUCUGUGAUUAAUUACCCAAUACAGACAUUAUUUAGCCAAUGCGACGUCAGAGUAGGGGAAAGACUCAUUUCACAAAGCAGCAAUACUCAUCCCUACCGCUCUAUCCUCGAGUGCCUACUGAAUUAUUCAAAAGCCACGUUGGAAACGCAGUUCAGCGCGGGUCUCUUCAGUAAAGACACCGCGGGGCACAUGGACGUGACGCGCAUGGGGGGUACCAAUUUAGGCUUCAACGAGAGAGGCGCCGUGAGUGCCGAGUCCCGAGAAUUUGAACUUGUGGGAGCCUUGCACUCUGAUUUGUUUUUUAGCGACAGGCUGCUGUUGAACGGGGUGGACGUCAAGAUUAAACUCACCAGAGCUAAAGAUCAGUUUUGUUUGAUGGCGCCGACCAACUCUGAUUUUAAACUGAAUCUGUUGGCGGCCUCUCUAUUUGUUAAAAAGGUGGGCGUGUCUCCGGCCGUGAAGAUCGGACACGCCGCGGCGUUGCAAACGAGCAACGCUCUGUACCCCCUGUCCAGAGUAACGAUAAAGACUUUCUCUAUCCCCGCGGGCAGUCGGGUUUGCACUCAGGAGAAUUUAUUUUUAGGUCAUCUUCCUAGCUAUGUGGUGUUGGGUAUGGUAGAUCACCAGGCUUUUACGGGCGCUUAUCAUCUGAACCCCUUUAAUUUUCAACACGCCAACUGCGAGUACUUGACACUUUCUCAAGACGGUAGACAGAUUCCCGCCAAACCCUUUCAACCACAAUUUGGGCAAGACAUUUGCGCCCGCGAGUUUUAUAACCUCUAUCUGGCCAGCGGCAGGCAUAUGAAAGAUCAGAGUCUCAUCUUUACAAAAAAUGAUUUUCCCCACGGCUACUGUCUGUUUUUAUUCAAUUUAACUAACGACGAGGAGAAUUCUGGGGUGUUGAGCCCCAUGAACAACGGCUGUCUAAGAUUAGACAUGAGGUUUAAUCAAGCCUUGCCUCAGACAAUGACACUGGUCGUCUACGCGGCUUUCGAUUCCAUUUUGGAAAUUAACUCUCGCAGACAAGUGCUGACCGAUUUUUACUAG